AUGUUUAUAUUGUUCCUACUUUUAGACUCGUUAAACUUUAUCCGGUGCGUUAGAAUUUUAGGAAUCUUUCCCAUUCCCUCAUACAGUCACCAGAUAAUUUUCCAACCGAUAUGGAAAGAGUUGUCGUUACGAGGCCACAAUGUUACCGUUGUCACUCCUCAUCCCCUUAAUGACUCAAGUUUAACAAACCUGACAGAAAUAGACGUUUCUUUCGCGUAUGAUAUACUAUCAUCAAAAUAUGGAUGGCCAAAGGAAUAUCUCAAGUUGCCUUCAACGUUGCAUAGACUGGAUUACUUGCUUAAUAAUGGAAAUGACUUGACAAUGGAAAUCUUGAAAUAUGAAUCAGUACAACAUGUCAUUGAUCAGCAUGAUCAGUUUGAUUUGCUGAUAGUGCAACUCUCCGUCCACAGAAAUUUGCUGUUGUAUGGCUUGGCGUUCAAAUUUCAUACUCCAAUUGUUGGCAUCUCCUCACUGGGACUAUACCUUCACUCCCAUGACGCCAUGGGCAACCCAACUCAUCCAAUCGUAUCACCCGACGUGAUGCUGAACUUCUCAGGAAAGUUAUCAUUCUUAGAAAAGGUCCAAAGUUUUCUGUACAAUAUUUGGUACAGGAUGUUUUAUUACUGGUAUGCACUUCCUAAGGCGGAUAAGAUUGCUAGGAAACAUUUUGGGGAAGAAAUGCCUUACUUAGGAGAUUUAGAAAGAAAUAUUAGUUUGCUGUUAAUAAAUGUGAAUCCCAUUAUUCAUAAUGUAAGACCGAAUGUUCCGAACAUAAUUGAGAUUAAUCAAAUGCAUAUCAAGGAGAGAAAACCGUUACCUAAAGAUAUACAAGAAUACCUAGACUCCGCUUUACAAGGAGUAGUUUACUUCAGUUUGGGAUCAAACGUAAAAAGUGCCAAUCUGACUGAGAAAAUAAGGAAAGAAAUUGUUGCUGCAUUGGGAGAACUACCUUACAAAGUUUUAUGGAAAUGGGAAACUGACUAUCUUCCCGAUAAACCUGAGAAUGUAAUGACUAAAAAAUGGUGCCCUCAACAGGAUAUUCUUGCACAUCCAAAUAUUAAGGUGUUCGUUAUGCAGGGAGGAUUACAAUCUAUAGAAGAAGCUAUAACGUUCGAAGUACCUCUUGUAGGAAUCCCUUUAAUAACUGACCAACAUGCUAACGUCAAAAGAAUAGUAGAAUUGGGACUGGGUGUUAAAGUUGACUACAAAACCUUGACCAAGGCCAUUUUUAAAGAUGCUGUUAUGGAGGUAGCUCAGAAUCCCACAUACAAGGAAGAAGUCAAAAAAGCAAAAAGUAUACUAUUAGACCAACCCGUGAAGGGAGUCGAAAAAGCAGUUUGGUGGAUAGAGUACGUUAUCAGACACAAAGGCGCAAAACAUCUGAGAAGUCCAGCAGCAGACAUGUCGUUCUUCGAGUACUUCAUGGUCGAUGUUAUACUAUUUUUGUUGAUAUGCAUCACACUUGUUUUAUACUCUGUAUAUAAAUUAAUGACUGUGCUAAGGUCGAUAUUAAGGAGUUUAAAGAGGAUUAAACAGCAAUAGUUUUCAAUUAUUACAAUAUACGGCAAAAUAAACAGUACUGAAAUGAAAAUUGGAAUGUUUAGUAUAAUUUAUAUAUUAUGUAGUAUACAAAGAUUAUUGCAAAGAUUAUUCAAGACGACGCGACGUUCCUGAUAAUACAGAUGUUCAAGACGCCCUCCGUUCAGUUUUAAGCAUUUUUCGUAACGUUCACGAAGGUUCUCAAUCAUGUCUGUGAACGAAGGCUGUUGAAUGGCACGAAAAAAUCUUGAAUUUUAGUGCGCAACUGCGGAAUGUCGGACGGUGGAUCGGUACGAAAAACAGCCACUUUCAGCAUUCCCCAUAUGUCGCAUCAGAUGGCGUUAGGUCUGGUGAGUGCGACGGAUCUGACAAAGCACUACCACGCGAAAUAAGGCGAUCCCCAAAAUGAUUGCGGAGCAUUCAUUGGUCAACCUGGCCGUGUGACAGGUUGCUGCAUCCUGAGGAACAUUGUUGAUUUAGAAAUGGCGUGACAAUCUGUUCUCAGUAGCGCUCCUGAUUAACAGUUAACGGCGCCGACGUUCCAUCGAGGCGGACCGGGCGGCUACUUAGGGCGGCAAAAUUUUUUCUACCAAGUGAGAAAGAGGGGUGCGGUAGCUGAUCUUGCCCAGAGCGGCAAAAUCCCUAGAGCAGGGUCUACUGUGAAGGGGGUGCUCGACGAUUACGUUGGGGCAUUCGAAUCCAAGAAACCAUAUUUUCUGCUUGUUAAUAGAUCCGUUUAACCCUUUCACUGCGGUAAUCAACCUGUGCGGAAAUAUUUUUUUACGUAUGUUCAAAUAUUAUUAAUGAAGUAUGUGAAGGAAAUCUGUUGAGAAUUUGCUGCUGAUGGUCAUUUUGCGCAAAUACGCAAAAACGCAAAUACGCGUCCCAAUAAAAGUUAAUAAAAUCUAAUUAUGCUUCACCUAAUUUAUUUUGCAGCUCAGAAAAUAUUUUGUCAAUGUUAAAUUAAUACUAAAAAAAUAUGCAAAUUUAUUUUUCAUUAAAAAUGAUAGGUACAAAAAAAACGGAAAUUUAUACCAAAUGAUCUAAAAAUAGUAAGUGAUAAAAAAAUUAAACUAAUAAUUUAACUUAUGAUACAUGUAAAUUUUAAUGUAUUUCCCACAAGGUAAUGUCAAAAAUAAUAUAGUUCGUCCGCUAUAACUUUUCCCAUGCGUCACGAUUCAUUUUCAAACAAAUUAAGUCAAAACAUAAAGUGAAACGUACGCGGAUGUGUGUAGUAUAUAGUAUACACUAUACAAAAUGUAUAUAUGUUACAGUUCAAGUUGAUUAUCCAGUUGAAGUUGACUUUUCCUAGUUCGAGUCGACUCAAACGACUGGUUUUAGUAAAAGUUGAUUAUAAAUAUAAAAUGAAGAUUUUUAUUCAACUUUUACUAGUAAAAGUAGACUCCAACUAGUUAAAGUAUACUCUUCCCAAUGCCAUUUAGUAAAAGUUGAUUCACACAAACAACCGAUUCUAGAAAUUAAAUGUUACUGUAUAUUAUGUUCAAAUCGUGAUAUCUACAGUCUAGGUUGUAUCGUCGCCCCCGUUAGGUAAAUUAUUCCAGUUCGAUUUUUUUGCACAAACUUACUCAAAAAGAGGUUCUUAUAACGAAUCCACAGGGUAUCAGGUGGUACCGUAAUCGAAAACUUGUUUAAAUAAUUUUUUUUAAACAAAUUCACAAAAAAAAAUUCACUUCGGACAUUUUUUUACAUCAUUAAUUUGGGUCAUUCGGAGCAAAAGAGGUCUUUUGUGAUUUUUCUGUAAAAUUUAUUGUUCUCGAGUUAUACGCGAUUUAAAAUUUGAAAAAUGCGAAAAUGACCAUUUUCAAGGCUUAAUAACUGAGUUAAAAAUUAUUAUUAUGGAAGUCAGAAAGUCAUCAAAUCAAAUUUUAACGACACCCCUACAAGGUACUGACGAAAUAUUUGUCAUUAUUGUAUUACUAAGCUGUUAUUUUUAAUUAUUAACAAUGAGCGCUAGGAGCGUACUGAGGCGGCUGUCAAUGUGCGUGCGACUGAGAUGCACCAUUGGACGGUCGGAUUGGAGGAUCUUAUUCGCACUCACAUUGACGGCCGUCUCAAUACGCUUUUAGCGCUCAUUGUUGAUAAUUAAAAAUAACAGGUAAUAAAAUAAUGACAGAAAUUUCUUCAGGAUCUUGUAGGUGGGUUUUA